GACGAAAAUGCAGCAAGCUCUAGAAGAACGAGAUGGGUGUUUUCUCAGCACCUCAUGCUGCCAUCAGCAGGACUCAAACUGUCAUCAGCACCAUACAUCGUGUCCUCAGCUACAGCACAUAUCAAGUCAGCAGCUCACGUCAAACCAUCAACAAUGUGACAGGGAUUUAAACGUGGGUGAGAGAAGCUUCAUGAUGUCGGCGGUGCAGAACUCAACCAUGGCCCCAGACAGAGAGGGCUUGUGCAAGGGAGCUUCUAGUGAUUCAUGUGCAUCUGCUACACUUGAUCUUCAGAUUCGAACAGAAGUGACAGCAAUGAGCCAAGCCAAUGUGGAGGAUGAAGCAGCAGACGCAGCCAGUGAUGAGAUGAUGGUUGAAAUCUCAAGCGCAGCAGCCAUGUCCUCACACUCGCACUGCGGCUCAUCAGCCUCGCAACUGUUCACAGCACCUCUUCUUUCCCCACUCUAUCCUACUUUUUCCUCUUAGUCUCCCUCGUGUUCGUCCCCCUACUCCCCUUCUUCCUCCUACUCUCCCUCCUACUCCUACUACCCCCAUUCCUACUCUCCCACCUCCGCUCCCUCUGCCGCGUGGAGAGAUGGAUCACGGAACCUCAUUUCUUGUCGAAGCACCUACCCAGGAAUUGAAGGGCGUUGAAACCUCAUGCUUGGUCGAUUCCCCAAUGCAGAUGUCUGAAGCCUUUCUGUUGGGUGACCUGCGUCAGCAGAUGCAUCGCAUACCUCAGCAGGAAAGUUCUUCACAAGCCAGCUGCACUUUGCC